ACCUGAGCACUAGAGCAAUCAUCAGAGAUAUGCAACACAAAAGAAUUUCCACCACAAACCACAUAUUAUCAGUCUCUUGAAAAAAUACAUAUAUAGGAACUAUCACUGUUUUCCUCCUCAGACAUUGAACCUAUAGAAAGGGGACCUACUUUAAGGCUUAAACUUGUAUACAUUUUUGUUUAUUAUAAUGUUAGGUAGUCUACAGCUGCUAAUUUUUGUCUGCUUUCCAGUUCUGAAGACAGAGCUACAACAGUCCCCAGUAUUUUUGAGGGCUCAUCCUGGUGAAUCUGCCAACAUUACAUGCUGCAUUCUUACUGAAAUUGCUUAUUGUUCUGACAUGGUCUGGUACUUCCAACAACACACAGAAGCUCCUCAGCGGAUUGACAAAGACAGCAGAACAUACAUGUCUGACAAAGCACAGGAGAAAAAUUGUGUACUAAAAAUAAGUAACCUGAUGAGAAGUGAUUCUGGAACAUAUUUCUGUUCACUGUGCAGGUACAGGACAAGCUUUUUUGGAAAUGGAACACAACUCAUUGUCAAAGAUAGUGGUAUGGAGAAACCUUCCAUAUUUAUUCUUGGUCCCUCAAAAGGCAUGUUUAUCAAAAUGGUUAAUGUGAUCCUAGUCUGCCUGGUGUUUGAUCCUCCUGACAACACGUCUGUCUACUGGAAUGUCUCUGGAGAAGUAACAACAGGAAGAAUGGGUUCUGAAUUGAUUACUGCAGAUGGGGACUACAGUGUCACUAAUGAAUUAACAAUACCCAUUGAUACCUGGGACAAGAAGCUUUCUAUUAGAUGUAUAGCUGGGACAGAAUAUAGAGACUACUCUUUGCAUAAAGAUAAGGGUAGAUCUUUGCAGAUUAUUUUGGGGACUACAAUUGCUCUUCUUCUCUUCAUCAUAAUAAUUAUUAUCAUCUGUUAUCAAAGAAGACUUAAAAGAGAAAAAAUAACCAAAUCUGAAAUUAGUAUGUGGGAGAGCAGUGUAAACAACAGUCAAAAAGUAAUUUACCAAACUGUGAAAGGUGCAGGUAGUGCAAAGAAGGGAAAGAAACGAAAUAAAACAAAACAGGCUACAAAGGAGGACAUGGAAGAUAUCCACUAUGCAUCCUUGGAAAUGCACAGCAGAUGACAACGAAGCUCAAAAAGCAUGCCAGGAACAGAUACAGCACUCAGACUGAAUGGUGCACCAAACAUGACAAGCAAUUUAGAAACAUUAACAUCAGGUUACUAUAAUUAUGUCCCACCAUUUCAACACUAUAACAAUGUGCAAAAGUCCAACAGUUAAACACUGCAAUGCCAUUGCAAAUAUGGGAGCACCAAAAUGAAUCCUAGUUUGAUUUUUAAAACAACCAAAGCAACAUGCAAAAGAACUCUGAAUGCAAACUCUACCCUCUUGUUUCAUCAUUUAUGUUAUUCUUUGACAAACACAAAGUAAAGAACAAUGUUAGCUAUCUUUGUCAAAUAACCAAACACAUUGAUUACAUUGAGCAUUUUGUACUGUUUAUUCUCACUAGCACUUACAGUGUUCACAAUGCUUUUGGAAGUAGCCAGUUCUUUGAAAAGGAAAUUAUGUAUUUAAUGUGUGCAGAUUAGAAGAUAUCAGUUAUUAGUUAAUUUCUGUAAAAAUAUGA